CCUAUCGGCAUUUCAGCAAGCAAUCAACAUCAGCACCACCGCCUCGAAGCCAGACCAUUAUAGGCAGAGAGGUGUCUCAUCCACAUUUAGCAGGAGCACCGUGUUUCAAGUGAAAAUCAACCAAGGGAAUUGCACGGUCUUCAGCGUUUGCAGGUUUCUUGCGAUAUGGAAUUGGACUAAAGGAAUGGCUUUACGUCGGAAAGACUUUGUGCUGUGUGCUGUGGCUGUGCUGAGUGACUAAGUGGAGCCCUUGAAGCCAUGGAGGAGAUGGACAGUAAACCCUACCAGCCGUUGUCCAAGGGGCGCCAUGAAAUGGAGAUGUCCUACACCAGCUCUUCUGACGAGAGCGAGGAUGGCCGCGCCCACCACCGUUCCUACACCUCUCGUGAAACCCUGCCUGACUACACACAUGAGCUGCGCCUGACCCUCGGCUCCCACCGAGAGAGACAGAGCAACUACAACCAGCCCCAGCCAGAUUUAGACUUCUGUAAGGCAGGGCAGAUGAGAAGCCCAGACUUCCACCUCCACCAACAGCAGCAACAGCAGAAGCAGCAUCAGGAGGAAGAGGAGGAAGCUUUGUGCUCUGGACCCGCAGCUCAUGUCCACGGGCGUGGCUACUCCCUGGGCGUGGGCUCUGAUGUGGACACAGAGCCUGAGGUGGACCCCUCUCCUGCCCAUGGCCUGCAGCACAUGUGGAUGCGUGGCUUGAAGUCUGAGCAGAGCUCUUGUCUGUCGAGCCGUGCCAACUCUGCCCUCUCUCUCACUGAUACUGAGCAUGACAGAAAGUCCGAGCCUGAUAAUGAGCUGCCCAGCAGUCCAGGUGGCCAGUUCACCUUUCGCCCGCUGCCGCCGCCGCCCCCUCCACCCCACGCCUGCACCUGUGCCCGCCCGGCGCCCUACACUCAAGUGAGUCUGCAGAGGAAGACCAUGCCGACGCGGUGCCAGGCCAGCCAGGGCAGCCAGGGGGCAGACACCGGAACGAGCACAGACCCGGCACAGCUUCACAACAGCUGGGUGCUCAACAGCAACAUUCCCCUAGAGACCAGACACUUCCUCUUCAAGCAGAGCUCUGGUUCAUCGGCUCUGCUGUCCGGGGCGGGGCAAGGUUACCCCCUGACCUCUGGGACGGUGUACUCCCCUCCGCCACGGCCCCUCCCUCGCGGCAGCGUGACCAGACCACUGUUUACCUUCAACAAGCCUCACCGCUGCUGCAACUGGAAAUGCACAGCCCUGUCUGCGUCUCUUCUCACUCUGACGCUGGCCCUGCUGCUCACAUACGUCAUCGCGGUCCACCUGUUAGGUCUGACCUGGCAUCUGCGGCAUGGUGAGAACCAGCUGUAUGAGAACGGCCUGAGCUCUGUGGACCAUCAACAGGAGGACGGCGGCAAGACUGUCCCCACCAGCUCCAUGCACCCACUGGACGCAUUUAACCCUGAAAACACACACGCUGGUGACAGAGAGAAGUGGGUGCGUGGCCGGGCCAUAGACCGAGGCGAGGUGGAUGUUGGGACCCAGCAGAGCCAGGCCAUUCCACCGGGCCUUUUUUGGAGGUUUCACAUGACUGUGCACCACCCCACCUACAUCAAGUUCAACCUCUCUCUCUCACACAACGCACUGCUGGGGGUCUACGGACGCAGGAACAUACCGCCCACUCACACUCAGUUCGACUUUGUGAAGCUGCUGGAUGGGAAGGCGCUGCCCAGGUCCUUGGCUGAUCCCGUCUCAGCUGCCAAAUCGCCCAAAGGUCUGCUGCUGAGCGCUCUCCAGGAGACCGGCUUUAUUGAGUACAUGGACCCCGGCACCUGGCACCUCGCUCUGUACAACGAUGGACGUAACCUGGAGCAGGUGCUGCUCCACAGCACUCCCAUAGACUCAAUGGACGGUUGCUCCACAGACUGUAAUGGGAACGGAGAGUGUGUGGCAGGACACUGCCACUGCUUUGCUGGAUUCCUGGGUCCCGAUUGUGCUAAAGAUUCCUGCCCCGUGCUGUGCAGCGGUAAUGGCGUGUAUGAGAAAGGACGGUGUGUGUGCCUGUCAGGGUGGAAGGGGGCAGAGUGCAAUGUGGAGGAAGGUCAGUGCAUCGACCCCACCUGCUCCAACCACGGCUCCUGCAUCCAAGGAAUCUGCAUAUGCAGCCCGGCCUACAAGGGGGUCAACUGUGAACAAGUGGACUGCGUAGACCCUCAAUGUGGCGGGCAUGGCGUAUGUGUGCGUGGGGAGUGUGUGUGCUCUGCAGGCUGGGCGGGAGUGAGUUGUGAUGACCCGCUGCCAGCCUGUCAGGAACAGUGUUCAGGACACGGCACCUAUCUCCCGGAGUCAGACACCUGUGCCUGCCAGCCCAACUGGACUGGGCCAGACUGUUACACCGAGCUGUGCCCGGUACCAUGUGGCAGCCAUGGUGUUUGCUCAGAGGGCCAGUGCCAGUGUGAGGAGGGCUGGAUUGGCGCUGCGUGUGACCAGAGAGCUUGUCAUCCUCGCUGUGAAGAACACGGGCAGUGCCAUGAUGGGACCUGCAUCUGCCAGCCAGGCUGGGAGGGGGAGCACUGCAACAUCGUCACUCACGAUCUGGAUGUAGUUGUGAAAGAUGGCUGCCCAGGGUUGUGCAGUGGGCAUGGGCGCUGUACUUUGGAGCAGAGCGGCUGGCGCUGUGUCUGCCAGGCUGGAUGGAGCGGGCCUGGAUGCAGUGUUGUCAUGGAAACCGACUGCAGCGAUGGAACAGACAACGACGGAGACGGCCUGGUAGACUGUGUGGACCCAGACUGCUGUGAGCAGCUGAGCUGUGGCUCUGACCCGCUGUGUCAAGGCUCGGCCGACCCGCUGGCCCUGCUGCAGCAGAACCCCCUGCCCCCCACCGCGCCCCCCUCACCGUCCAACGCACACACCCUCAGCUUCUACCAGCGAAUUCGCUUCCUCCUGGGCAAGACAGCCACACACAUCCUCCCCGGAGAAGUGCCCUUUGAUACGAGUCGUGUGGCAGUGAUCAGGGGAAGUGUUGUGCUGCAGGAUGGCUCACCUCUGGUUGGAGUCAACAUCACUUUCCUACAGCACCCUGAGUACGGUUACACCAUAAGCAGGCAGGAUGGCAGUUUUGACCUGGUGACCUUGGGAGCUGUAUCGAUGAGCCUGAUGUUCCAACGCCCACCUUUCCUGACACAGACACGUUCCAUCUGGACACCCAGCAACAACUUCUUGGUUUUGGAUCAGGUGACCAUGUCCAGGGAAGAGGUGCAACCUCCCAAGUGUGACAUCAGGAGCGUUCUGAGUCCCUACCCGCUGGUCCUGCCCUCCCCGCUUCCCAGAUACACAGCGACCUGUGCAGAGAGGGGGCCAGCUAUCCCUGAGCUACAGGCGGUGCAGGAGGAGGUGUCCAUAGGAUCUUUCGUGAAACUGAGCUAUCUCAGCACCCGAGCAGCAGGCUACCUCUCUCUGCUACGAAUCCUCCUCACCCCUCCCUCUCCGUCCUCCCCUGUCUCCCCGCUGGGUGGUCUGUCCAAGGUGCAUGUCCGUGCGUCGGUCCAGGGCAGGCUGUACCAGCGCUGGUACCCCGCUGGGCCCGGCCUGGUCCACAGAGUGGUCUGGAACAAGACCGAUGUUUACGGGCAGGAGGUCUGGGGCCUCACUCAUGCGACUGUAUCGGUUGGCUAUGAAUAUGAGUCAUGUCCCGGCGUUAUCCAAUGGGAAUCGAGGACUGCUCUGAUGCAGGGAUUUGAACUGGUCCCAUCUAACCUGGGGGGAUGGUCUCUGGACAAACAUCAUGCUCUCAACAUACGCAGUGGAAUCCUACACAAGGGAAAUGGGGAAAAUGUCUUCCUCUCCCAGCAGCCCCCUGUCAUCACAACCGUGAUGGGGAAUGGUUUUUAUAGGAGCGUCCCCUGCGGUCCAAGCUGCAGUGGUGCAGCCCGGGACAUGAUGCUGUUUGCCCCAGUGGCGCUGGCCUGCGGCCCUGAUGGCUCUCUCUACGUAGGGGACUUCAACUUCAUCCGCAAGAUCCAUCCUGAUGGAUACACCAGGACCAUACUGGAGCUCAAGAACAGGGACACCAGGCACAGUACCAGUCCAGCCCACAAGUACUACCUGGCCAUGGACCCAGUGGGAGAGGUUCUCUAUGUGUCUGACACCAGCAGCCGUAGAGUGUACCGGGUUAGGAACCUUGGACAGCCGAAAGACCCAGCCCGCAACCUGGAGGUAGUGGCCGGCACCGGGGAGCAAUGCCUGCCUUUCGACCAGAGCCACUGUGGAGAGGGAAGAAAGGCCACUGAAGCUGCGCUCAACAACCCCCGAGGUAUUGCAGUGGAUAAAAAAGGUGUUGUCUACUUCGUCGAUGGCACCACCAUUCAGAAGAUUAAUGAGAGGGGUAUGCUCUCCACUGUGAUUGGAUCAAAUGGACUGAUGUCGACGCAGCCACUAAGCUGUGAUUCGCGCAUGGACAUCAGCCAGGUGCGCCUAGAGUGGCCCACAGACCUGGCCAUCAACCCUCUGGACAAUUCUCUCUACAUCCUGGACAACAACAUCGUCCUACAGGUGUCUGAGAGUCUCCACGUACGUAUUGUAGCCGGACGUCCCAUCCACUGCCAAGUCCCGGGUAUCGACCAUCACCUGGUGAGCCGGGCAGCUGUGCGUGCCACCCUGGAGGCUGCCAAGGCCAUUGCCCUGUCUCACUUGGGCACUCUGUUCAUUGCUGAGACUGAUGAAAGGCGCAUUAACCGCAUUCAACAGGUGUCGACCAACGGGGAGAUCUCCGUCAUCUCUGGAGCCCCCACAGACUGUGACUGCAAGAUAGACCCCAACUGUGACUGCUUCUCUGGUGAUGGGGGCUACGCUCGUGAUGCUCGUCUAAAAGCCCCCUCUUCUCUGGCCGUGGCACCCAACGGUACCCUGUACAUCGCUGAUCUGGGCAACAUCCGCAUCAGGGCUGUGAGCCCCAACCAGCCACAGCUCAGCACUGCCGGACUGGUGGAGAUCAGCUCUCCUCUGGACCAGGAGCUGUACCUUUUCAGCCAGAAUGGCUCCCACUUGUACACUAAGCACCUGAUCACUGGACACUUCCUGUAUAACUUCUCUUACGCUGUGGACGGCCAGCUGUCCGGGCUGGCAGGGAGGAAUGGCCAGGGCCUCCAGGUGAGGAGAGAUGCCCACGGAGUGCCGCUAUGGUUAGCGUUACCUGUCGGACAGGUGUACUGGCUGUCGCUAAGCAACAGUGGAACACUGAGGAAGGUGUCAGCCCAAGGCCAUGACAUCGCCCACAUCACUUACCAUGGUAACACCGGUCUCCUAGCAACCAAGAGUGAUGAGAACAGUUGGACCACUGUUUAUGAAUACAACAGUGAAGGCCAUGUGACCAACAUCACCCUCCCCACGGGCGAGGUGAGCGGUUUCCAUGGCAACCUAGAGCGCUGGUCUCGGGUGGAGGUGGAGGCAUCCAACCGUGAGAACUUUGUCACCAGCACCAACCUGUCUGCCAGCGACACCAUCUACACAUUCAGACAAGACCACGCUCAGAGCUCAUACCGAGUGAGUGCGGAUGGGUCGUUCCUUGUGUCACUGGCGAGUGGAAUGGAGCUCUCACUCAGCACAGAGCCGCUCCUCCCUGGAGGUGUUGGGGGAGGAGUCAGUCCCACGGCCAGCCGCUGUAACAUCAGUCUGCCGGGGGACCAUGCUCCCAGCCUGAUAGAGUGGAGGCAGAGGAAGGAGCAAGCCAAGACGAACUACAGCACCUAUGAACGCAGGCUCAGGGCGCAUAACAGGAACCUACUCUCCAUAGACUUUGACCAGAGCACCAGGGUGGGCAAGAUCUACGACGACCACCGAAAGUUCACCCUUCACAUCCAGUAUGACCUGCUGGGCCGUCCUGUUGUUUGGUCGCCCAGCAGCAAGUACACUGAGGUCAAUAUCAGCUACUCUAGUGGAGGAUUGUUGUCAGCCAUCCACCGUGGCGAGUGGUCUGAGAGGCUGGAGUAUGAGAACGACAGGGUGGUCUCCAGAGCGUGGGUCAACGGGAAGAUCUGGAGCUACACAUAUGUGGACAGGUCCAUCAUGCUGCUGCUGCAUAGCCAGCGGCGCUACGUGUUUGAAUAUGACCAAACAGACCGCCUGGUUGCCGUGACGAUGCCCAGCAUGGUGAGACAUACCCUGCAGUCGCUCCUCUCCAUUGGUUACUACAGGAACAUGUACACACCCCCCGACAGCCAGGCCUCCUUCGUGCAGGACUACAGUCUCGACGGGCGGCUGCUGAGAACUCAGUACCUGGGAACAGGACGCAGUGUGAUCUACAGGUACACACCAGCAGCACGGCUCUCGGAGGUGGUCUAUGACUCCACCCUGGUGACCUUCACAUAUGACGAGGCCUCCGGCACUGUCAAGACCAUUCAUCUCACCCACAAUGGCUUUAUAAGCUCUAUACGAUUCAGACAGACAGGUCCUCUGACAAGUCGGCAGAUCUUCCGCUUCAGUGAGGAGGGCUUGGUCAAUGCCAGGUUUGACUACAGCUACAACAACUUCCGAGUGACGAGCAUGCAGGCUGUCAUCAAUGAGACACCUCUGCCCAUAGAUCUUUAUCGUUAUGUUGAUGUGUCGGGACGGGUUGAGCAGUUUGGAAAGUUCAGCGUCAUUUUCUAUGACCUCAACCAGGUGAUCACCACCCAUCUGAUGAAGCACACCAAGGUAUUUAACUCUUAUGGCCAGGUGGUGGAGGUCCAGUAUGAGAUCCUCAAGUCCAUUGCCUACUGGAUGACCAUCCAGUAUGACUCGGCAGGGCGCACCACCACCUGUGACAUCAGGGUGGGCGUUGACAGCAACGUGACCCGCUACUCCUACGAGUAUGACGCAGACAGCCAGCUGCAAAGUGCCUCGGUUAAUGAGCGGCCACAGUGGCGCUACAGUUACGACCUUAACGGGAACAUCAACUUGCUCAGCCACGGCACCAGUGCCAGGCUGACUCCUCUGCGCUAUGACCAGCGAGACCGGAUCACCCGCCUCGGAGAGCUGCAGUACAGCGUGGAUGAGGACGGUUUCCUCCGCCAGAGAGCAAACGACCUUUUCGACUACAACUCCAACGGCCUGCUGACCCGUGUCUACAACCGGGUGUCUGAGCACACCGUGUGGUACCGCUACGACGGGCUGGGUCGGCGUGUCGCCACCAGGACCAGCCAAGGCCAGCAGCUCCAGUUCUUCUACGCUGAUCUGUCACAGCCCACCAGGGUCAGCCACUUGUACAACCACAGCAGCAAUCUGAUCACCUCGCUGUACUACGACCUGCAGGGCCACCUCAUCGCCAUGGAGCUGAGCAGCGGUGAGGAGUACUAUGUGGCUUGCGACAGCGUAGGGACCCCGAGGGCGGUUUUCUCCAGCAGGGGGCGACUGGUCAAAGAGAUUCUCUACACCCCCUACGGAGAGGUCUACCAGGACACCAACCCUGACUUCCAGCUGGUCAUCGGUUUCCACGGAGGCUUGUAUGAUCCGCUCACUCGACUGGUCCACCUGGGAAGACGGGAUUAUGACACACUAGCUGGCCGUUGGACCUCGCCUAAUCACGAGCUGUGGGGGGAGCUUAGUAAGGAACCAAGGCCUUUUAACUUGUACGCCUUCAAGAAUAACUGCCCCGUUGGGAGAGUGGAGGAAGUGACACAGUUUACCACAGACAUCGGUAGCUGGCUGCAGCUCUUUGGCUUCCAGCUUCACAACGUUGUUCCAGGCUUCCCUAAGCCGGAGGUUGGCAGCAUGGAGCAGACAUACGAGUUGAUGAAGACCCAGACCAAGACACAGGACUGGGAUUCCAGCAAGGUGGUCUUGGGAAUACAGUGUGAGCUGCAGAGACAGCUGAGGAAUUUCAUCUCCCUGGAGAGGUUACCUCUGGUCUCUGAGCCUGUUGGCUCCACAUGCCACCGACCGUCACGCCCGCCUCCCUUUGGCUCCCGACCCUCCCUCCUCGGCCCCAGCAUCCGAUUUGCUGUCUCCCAUGGGCGUGUCAGUGUUGAGGUCAUCGGCGUGGCCAGCGAGGACAGCCGACGCGUCGCAGCCAUUUUGAAUGGUGCCAUCCACUUGAGUGGGUUGAGUUUCACUGUGCACAGCUGUGACACCCAUCACUUCCUCCAGUCUCGGCCAAUCGAGGAGGACCUUGCCCUGGGACUUGGAGUCGGGGGGCGUGUCCUGGAGAGCGGGGUCAACGUGAGCGUGUCUCAGAUGAGCGCCACAGUUAACGGCAGGACUCGACGAUUUGCUGAUAUUACCCUCCAACAGGGGUCGCUGUGUCUGUGUGUGCGCUACGGUGGGAGCGAGGAGGAGGAGAGAGCGAGGGUGAGGGAGGAGGCGCGGAGGAGAGCGGUGGAUGGGGCCUGGGAGAAGGAGAGGAAGAGGGUGGAAGAAGGGGACGGAGGAAGCAGGGUGUGGAGUGAGGCAGAGAAGCAGCAGCUGCUGUCUGGAGGACGGGUUCAGGGUUACGAUGGCUACUACUCCCUGCCCAUAGAGCAGCAGCCAGAGCUGUCCGACUGCCCCUCCAACAUCCACUUCAUGACACUGAGCGAGGUGGGGGGCAGGUAACAGAGACACACAUGAAGCCCCCCACCCCCACCAAAGACUGCCUGUUUCUACUCUACUCUGAUUUGUUCUACUGUUUCUAUACUGUAUCAAAAAAAGAAGAUGACGACAAAGAAGAACAAGAACAAGAAGAGAGAUUGGGGGAAAAAAUGAUUUCCAAAUGCCUUUAAUUGUGACAAAAUGAUGGUAUUUUAUUAUUAUCGUCCAGUUUCUCCAAUUUCUAACAGUGGCACAAGCAGUGUGGUUUGGCUGUGGCUUUGCUUUUUGUAUCCAGACUUGCCUGAGACUGACCGACUGACUGACUGACUGACUGACUGACUGACUGACUGUUGUUGCUCUCUCGACACUGUUCAUCAUAUUGGACUUUCUGUUCAACUUCAGUGAACUGUAGAAAUGAAGACAGUAGGAUUGCCAGUGAAUAAUCCUUGUCCUGAUAUGAACUCAGAUCAAGAUCUCUCUGGUUGCCAUUUGAGUUACUACAUGGUUUACCUCGGAUAUACUAUCGUUUACAUAUUGUGUAAGAGAGGCCUUGUCGACUCUGACACUCCCCUUUAGAGAAGGAAACCUCUGUUUUCUGCCUCUGGUGUGCUCCAACAGUAGUUUGUAUGAGUGUGUAUACUAAGAUCAAGAAUGUACAUAGCCAGUGCUUUCACACUGAAAAAAGUGCUCAACUGGACAUUCUGUUGUUCAUAAGUAAGUGUCAGUAUUGUUAAUCAAUAGAAAAACAAUAACAUUUUUGCAAAGAAUUAUACAUGGCUAUAGUAAAUAUUCUCGCUGAAAAAUCUGACUUUAUUGGGUUACAGUGCUGAUUAAAGUUAUUAUGUGUGAAUUA